ACCUUGCAAGGGGAACUGCGCCCCCCCACAUCCCUUUGCAGCGUUGCUGCAUGGGAGCCUUGCAACCCCCCUGCAGCUGCACCAGUAGCCGGCGCAGGGGGAGCUAACGGUGCGCUUCCCCCGCCCCCCGGGGCCCCUUUGUGCUGCUGCUCGGAUCUGCCCUAAGACACGCGGCGGAUGCGUCACGGCGGAGGCGCUGCUGCUGAUAGCAACGCGCACAAGCCCAUUAACCCCAAGGCAACCCACUCCCGACCGAUCCUUUCCCUGCACCCAGCCGCCCGCCCCAAGUCGCUCCGGAGAGGCGUCCGAGCAGCUCCGCCAUUUCCGAGAGCUGAAGCAGAGGGGCUCGGAGCAUCCCCUAUCGUGCACCCACCCACCGGCCCCACACAAAGGGAAAAGGCAGAGGAGUAGCUGGGGACUUCUUUAAAUCCAGGAAGGAUGGUGAAACUAGGGAAUAAUUUCAGUGAGAAGAGCACAAAGCAGCCCCUCUUGGAGGAUGGAUUUGACACUAUCCCCUUGAUCACACCCCUGGAUGUCAAUCAGCUACAGUUCCCGCCUCCUGAUAAGGUUGUGGUCAAAACGAAAACAGAAUAUGAACCUGAUCGCAAGAAAGGAAAAUUUCGUACCCCCAAAAUAGCUGAAUUCACAAUCAGCAUCACUGAAGGGGUUUCGGAAAGAUUUAAGGUAACUGUUCUGGUCCUUUUUGCCCUUGCGUUCCUAACAUGUGUUGUAUUUCUAGUAGUCUACAAGGUUUACAAGUAUGAUCAUACCUGUCCAGAAGGAUUCGUUUUCAAGAAUAAUCAAUGCAUUCCAGUUGGAUUAGAGAACUACUAUUCUGAACAAGACUCCAGCGCUCGAGGGAAAUUUUACACUGUCAUAAACCACUACAAUCUGGCCAAACAAACCAUCACACGCUCAGUGUCUCCAUGGAUGACAGUACUGUCAGAAGAGAAAUUGUCUGAACAGGAGACUGAAGCUGCUGAGAAGUCAGCUUAGUGCGAUAAGAUAAUUAUGUCAUUUGACGGUAACUAAGGGACUUUAAGGAACUUUUCAUUAAAUAUAAUUAUGGAUAAUUUUAGAGGUUACUCAUGUUUAUGGUGCAAUUGCUUCUGUUUGCUGAUACUGCUUUGCAAAAAAUAAAACUUGCUACAAAACAUUCAUGAGCAUAAAAUAAGGUGCAUAUCAGCAUCGCUUUAGAGCUCUGACACCAUUUUCAAUGUUAAAUCAACUUUAGAUAUUCUUGCAAUUUACUGGAUGUUGACAGUUUUUCACUGGAUUUUUCAGUGGUUUGGACUUCACGUAAUGUGCUUUGUCUGAACUGAUACUUUUGGUUUUUAUUACAUAGCCAUUUUCGCAAACUGAAACACCAUAGCCAUAACUAGAGCGAUCUCUCAUUUAGCGAAGAGCUGUAUUUAAAACUUGUUUUCAGCUCAUGGCUGAUAUCAAGGACUUGCUGUAAUGAUUAGAAUGGAGAAAAACUGUCAGGUAGCAUAUUUUUCUUCACUGUUGAUUUGUAAGUGAUGAUGAAGUUCUCUGCAACAAGGCAUGCUCAAUGUUUUAUUAUUACUGUCAACAAAAUUUCACUACAUUCCCACUAUGGCUUUAGUAUGUUAGUAAGGAUGUGCACUGAAACACAAACUAGAUAGGACACAGUGGAACGAGACACUUUUAGUUAUGGAUUUGUUCAAGUUGUGUAAAAGCAACUUAUGAACUGGAGGGUGUUCUGAUGAGAAAGGACAUCCUUUGAUCACACUGAAGAAAGGCAGAAAGCCUUUCAUUCUAGAUGUAGUCGGCCCUCUGUAAUUUGUCUGAUAUGACAGAGGGUAACAUUUAAAAAAAAUCCCUUUUAUACAACAUUAACACUUUCCCCUUUUUAUAUAUAUAUUCUGAAUUGCUUUGAGUUAACUAUGCUGUUUGCAAUUUUCUGAUUUUUAAACUACAGGACAUCACAAGUGAAACUAAUGUACUAGUUUACGCUACUUGCUGUUUUAAAGUGACAUGUCAAAACUGAAGCAGCAUAACUGUUUAUGAUUUGAGGAAAAAAGAUGUAGACAAGUCUAGUAUAUUGUGGGUGCACGUUCAAUGUUUCAUUGUAUUGACAUUUCUUAAUUUGUCUGAAACAAUUUUCAUUUAAUCUUAAAUAUGCAUUACAAAAAUAAUUUUAUUAAUCUGCCAGUUAGACAAAAUAAGCGUGUGAAGCUUUUAGGUAUGAGAUUCACUUUUCCUUUCAUAUUAUUUAAUGUGAUUUUCUAGUGGACAUGUCAAAAGUUCCAUUGUUGUAGACACUAUACAAAAAUGAAAGGAAACCAUUGGUUAUUUGUCUAGUUCUGUAGAACAAACUUGGUCAGCUCCACUUUUGGGUUUUCUUCUAAUCCAUUAUCAAUGUAUUUUAGUAUCAAGAACUUUACAUACCAAUAAAGUACAAAAUGGCAACUGCUUUUCAAUUCUAUAGGUUUGAUACCAAACAUAACAAUGAGUGUGCAUUAUAUAGUUAUGAACUACAAAAAGCUUUGUUUAUUAUGCUUCGUGGAAUGCAUAAAAAGCAAUAAAUUAUGUGCCAAAAUUUUCUUUGCAUUUUAAAAAAAGUUCAAACUCAUGUAAACACAUUAAAACAUACCAUGUUUUGUCUGCUAGUAGACAUGUACUUUAUUGAAUGUAAAUUAAUUCACAUGUAACUUUUGACAUUUUCACUUCAUGCAAAAUAAAGAAUAAGGAUGA